AGAAGGCGCUCGUGAUCAAGAGUUGCGUUCCUUGUAACCAUAGCAACAUUUGGCUGCUCGAGCAUCCCAAUCUCUGUCGGGAUCGAUAUCCGACGGUACAUCGACAAAACGUACUACUUACACUAUUUAUCACCAAUUUUUAAACAAAAACAUUAUAUAGUACUUUUGUUUGAAGCGUUUUUGAACUUUAAAGCGCGCGAAUUGCUCAAAAUUCCUCUGAAAGGUAUAGGCUAGACCGCUUGAAAGUCACUGAAUAAUCGGCCGCACACUGGGAAUGAUUAAAAAUGAAAGUCAUAAAAACAUCAAUAUAAAAAUACUUUGUACACAAUCACUUUCCCUUUUUACAACUUCCUGUAAAAGAAAAAAACAGCUGUCUGCGCUUGUCAUCCGUCACUGAAAGCAAAUUAAAAGUGACACACUGCUGCCCACAAUGAGCCGUUUUCCCUCAAUAAUUGGCCUGUGAGUGAGUCUCAGGCUGUUUUUUUGAACGGGAUGAUCCCUCUGUGUCUGACGUCCUGGGAGAGUUCCAGGAGCAGCGGAUGAAUUCCGCACGAAGGCGCUGAGGCUCCAGUCAGACUGACGCCGCGGCUCUCGCUCCAUCCAAACACACGCGCUGGAGCUACACCUUCAAUCGGCGCGAGAUUCAGCAUUCGGGAUUCGGCUGUUUUGCGGAACUACGCGGAUUGUUAUUCGAUUUGUCACAAGAAUAAGAUAAAAGCCUGACGACAACAUCCCUGUCUGGGGGUUUAUUUUACACCCGGCUGUAAAGUAAUAAACGAAGGCUGAUAAGUGAUAUAAGACAGAUCUGCCUCGCUUUUAGGAAAAAAAAUCCCGUCCCUAGUGUCGCCCCAUCCCACGAUGCACUCCACCACAUCCAUCACUUCCCUCUUCUCCUUCACCAGUCCAGCUGUGAAAAGGCUGCUGGGCUGGAAACAAGGAGACGAGGAGGAAAAGUGGGCGGAAAAGGCUGUCGAUUCCCUCGUAAAGAAGCUCAAGAAGAAGAAAGGGGCCAUGGAGGAGCUGGAAAAGGCUCUGAGCUGUCCUGGCCAGCCCAGUAAAUGCGUGACCAUCCCUCGAUCCCUGGACGGAAGGCUCCAGGUGUCCCAUCGUAAAGGUCUGCCGCACGUCAUCUACUGCAGGGUGUGGCGCUGGCCGGAUCUUCAGUCGCACCACGAGCUCAAAGCGCUGGAUUGCUGCGAGUUUCCUUUCGGCUCCAAGCAGAAGGACAUCUGCAUCAAUCCAUAUCAUUACCGCCGUGUGGAGACACCAGUUCUACCCCCAGUGCUUGUGCCACGUCACAGUGAGUUCAACCCCCAGCACAGCUUGUUGGCGAAGUUCCGGAACGCUUCCCUACACAACGAGCCUCUCAUGCCUCAAAAUGCCACUUACCCAGACUCCUUCCCGGCAAUGCCCUGUAGCUCGUUUUCUUCAUCCCCAUCCAGCUCUUUAAACCAGUCCCCCACUGCACACAGCUACCCCAGCUCUCCCAGCAGUGGAGCCGACCCUGGGAGCCCUUACCAAAUCACAGCAGAGACGCCUCCUCCACCCUACAGUAUGAUGGAGACCCCUCCGUCUGAGGACGUGAAACCAGAAGAGUCCUCCAACCCCAAUAAACUCAUUCUCUCAGCCCCUCACAGAGACUUGAGGCCGGUGUGUUAUGAGGAACCCGAAUACUGGUGUUCGGUGGCGUAUUACGAACUGAACAACAGGGUGGGUGAGACGUUCCACGCCGCUUCCCGAAGCAUGCUCGUGGACGGCUUCACAGAUCCCUCCAACAACAAGAACCGGUUCUGUCUCGGAUUACUAUCCAACGUCAACCGGAACUCCACCAUUGAACACACUCGCAGACACAUAGGCAAAGGUGUGCACUUGUAUUACGUCGGAGGGGAGGUGUACGCAGAGUGUCUGAGUGACAGCAGUAUUUUCGUUCAGAGUCGGAACUGUAACUACCAGCAUGGCUUCCACCCCACCACCGUCUGCAAGAUCCCGAGCGGAUGCAGCCUCAAGAUCUUCAACAACCAGCUGUUUGCCCAGCUGCUGUCGCAGUCCGUAAACCAUGGCUUCGAGGUGGUGUAUGAACUCACCAAGAUGUGCACCAUCAGGAUGAGUUUUGUCAAGGGCUGGGGAGCCGAGUACCACCGUCAGGAUGUCACCAGCACCCCCUGCUGGAUAGAAAUCCACCUGCACGGGCCUCUGCAGUGGCUGGACAAAGUUCUGACCCAAAUGGGCUCCCCGCACAAUCCUAUUUCCUCUGUGUCCUAAUGCAUUACAGGACUAGGGUAAUAUAGUUCCCCAAAAGACUUUAGCAGCCCAAGACACAUAAAGCUCUCGCUGUCUUUCCAGUGGAUGUUGAUGGUACUGGUAUAGUGGUGCGUGCUGUUAAAGGGGUCAUGAACUGGCUUUUUAAUAUUUUUUUUUAGGGUUGUGCAAAAGUUAAUUGCGAUUAA